AUGGCUCUGCGCACAAAAACCCAUGAGCGCAGAAUUGCCCGGAACUCUGCGGCAGAAGGAGCAGAGAAGCAUCUCAUGGGUGUUCACCUGGAGGUUCAGCAGCUGAUGAAGGCCAAGGCUGCCAUCAAGGCGACCAAGGCGAAGGCCCUCCCGAAGGCCGCAGAGGCCUUGGAUCAGAGCUUGGCUCCAUCUGUGCUGGAGCUGAAAAGGGAGGUCAUGGCCACGGCGCCCGUGAAGGCCCCAAAACCACCGAAGCGGGCCCGCUCGCUGGAGCAGGCACCAAAGGAAUCGGACGACGACAUGGCGGACUUCCUAGGGCCCUCGAAGCUGCGCCGGGCAUCGACAUCUAUCAGGCUUGGCAGCUUAGCGGACAAAGCACAGGCGCCGGCGCCGAGGAAUUUACAGGCUCCGCCACAGCGAAUGGUCAAAUCCAGGAGUCUCAAAGCGUUGUUCGCCUGA